UGCCGUGUGAAGCAUAACGCAAAUAUGCAGCUCAAUGCACUGAGAUUAGCAAGACCAUCUCUCUCUCUCACCUCAUUUCCUCUCUCAUACGCCAAUCAUCUUGCGCCGCCUUCUGCAAUACGAUUCGUACGAGCUGCAUCCGGCGAAAUGGAUUCGAAGAAACAAACAGAGCCUGAAUCGAAGAAACAAACAGAGCCUGAAUCCCAAACCUUGGACUCGAUGUCUUCUUUGGGCGAGGGAUAUGCAACGAGGUCGGAUGAGGAGGGUUUCGGUGGAAUUUACAGGGGAAACCAGUCCCUUUCCGAGGACGGAGACGACAAAAAUGUCCAUGCCGAUGCCUUAGAAUUCGACCAUGAUCAAGGGAGCCACGUCAAGGAGAAGGAGAAAGCUCGAAACCAAGCUCAACAUACAGAUUAACUCAAUGGCGCGGUAGUUUUGUGUCAUACUAGUUUUCUUUGUCUUGCACUCGUCGUCCUCUUUUAUGAGUACGCUUCCUCGUGCGAUGUACGUAAUGUGUGAUGUAAUUAAGUGCUACUUUCUCGUGCGAUGUACGUAAUGUGUGAUGUAAGUGCUGCGAUAUAAAUAUUUAUGUUUAAAGUUCUAAA